GAAGCAUAAAGAGGCAGUGCGAGUGGUAUAGCCCGCCGCUAGGGUUUCCGACUACAUCAAUCGCGUCUCUGAUCUCGGAGGGAGUUCUUGGCGUCAUUCCGCGGCGCGGCGUUGGAAGUCUCAGGAUCCAUGGGCAACUUCAGGUUUCAUCAGUAUCAGGUGGUGGGUCGAGCUCUCCCGACUGCCACGGAUGAGCACCCGAAGAUUUACCGUAUGAAGUUGUGGGCUACUAAUGAAGUUAGAGCUAAAUCCAAGUUCUGGUACUUCUUGAGGAAGCUGAAGAAAGUGAAGAAAAGUAAUGGCCAAGUUCUUGCAAUUAACGAGAUAUUUGAGAGGAAGCCAACAAAGAUCAAGAACUAUGGUAUCUGGCUGCGGUAUCAGAGCAGAACAGGUUACCACAACAUGUACAAGGAGUACAGGGACACUACACUGAAUGGCUCUGUGGAGCAGAUGUACAAUGAGAUGGCAUCUCGCCACCGAGUCAGGUGCCACUGCAUCCAGAUUAUUAAGACGGCAACCAUUCCUUCCAAGCUCUGUAAGCGUGAGAGCACCAAGCAAUUCCAUGAUUCUAAGAUCAAAUUCCCUCUUGUCUUCAAGAAGGUCAGGCCCCCUACCAGAAAGUUGAAGACUACUUACAAGGCCUCCCGUCCUAACCUAUUCAAGUAGGGGAGAAUAAGAGAACACAUUUUCCUAAAAUUUUUGCUAUUGGCAUAUUUCCCAUUCUGUUAUACUUUGUUCGUGCAUCGUUGGAUCACUUUUUACUAGUUCAUGAUACUCUUCGAUCUGCAGCAAGUCUGAGAGUUUGCUUGUCUGGGGUACUUUUUCCUGUUUAGAAGCGUAUGUGAUGAUAUCUUAUGAAUUGGAUUCUUUUAGCUCAGUUAAAAAUUUAA